AUGAAUCGUAAUCAUUUAUCCGACGACGACCGGGUACGUGCUAUCGGAUUUAUAGAAGCGGAUGGAACGUCGAAAACAUUGCACGGCGCUUCAACGUUCACCGAGAAACGAUUUAAAGCGGCAGGGACCGUUCGUGAUACGCCGCGGUCAUGGCGACCCAGAUCUACUUUCGGCCAGGAAGACCAAUACCUUGAAAUGAACGUUCGCCAGCCAAUCUAUCAAGAUGACAAUGCUAUGCCCCUUAGGGCUGCUAUUGUGAACCAGUUCGUCCAGAAAAAUGGCAUACAGCGCAUUAACUGGCCCGACCUCUCGUGCAUUGAACACGUUUGGGAUGUUCUUGGGCGCCGCGUUUCUCUGCGUUUAAAGCCACAUAGGACCCAAAUGAAGGGUCCCUUUAUCCUGCUCCUUGCACUGAUCGUUGCAAAUACUGUAAAUGGAAAACCAAGGCAAUCAUCACCAAGGAAAUUCUAUGGUAUGCUAAUGCAGCAUCAUGAAGCUCCAAACUGUGGUGAAAAACUUGAAUGCGGCAGGGGUCAUUUCAUGGGCCACCCAGAAUGCGUGCCUGCAAGUGCCGUUUGUAACGGAUUCCCGGAUUGUUCGAAUGGCGCCGACGAGACAGGAUGCUUGAACCCUAAUUGUGGGUCACUUGGAAUGAUGACGUGCAAUGACAGACGAACCUGUGGGAAACCAUGCGACGGCUUUACGCAGUGUCAAGGAUUGGAGGACGAAAUGAUGUGCCCAAAGAUUUGCCCGAAAAGGAGUCUUCUGUGCGGAGAUGGCAAGACCUGUGUUGAUUUGGAUCGUAUGUGCGAUGGACAUGAUGAUUGCCCUAAUGGGGACGAUGAGGAAAAGGACAUUUGUGUAAGGCUCAUGGAUGGACAAGUCCGUUGCUCAAAUGGAAACGUUGCCAACGUUUGCGAUGGCCAACAACAAUGCCCAGACGGUGCGGACGAGCAAAAUUGCAGUCCUACAAUAAGCGAGGAACUAGGUCAGUGCUUGUGCGUGGCUUUUUGCGACGUGGCCCAUCCCAAUACGGAUUGCAGUGACCUGUGCCCUACACUUCUUAAUAUCCCCCAAGCGAUUACACAAUGUUUCUAA